UAUGUUCACAGUUCAUAACCUUAUCUAUGUUCAUAACCUUAUAAUAUGAAGUCAUCUAAUUGUUAAAGAUUUUAUAAUUGUAGUUAUACCGGCAGAUUAAUAAAAACCAGAAUGUCGAAUGUAUUACAGGUAGUUUUAAGAAGUUCUCUCCGUAAUUCUCGUAAUAUUGGUAUAGCUCAAUUUCGACUUGAAAAUAUUAGGACGUUAUUUUCGGCAGCAAAUCUUGGAAUCGAUAAGUUUAUUGAAGUACGAGAAAAUGUAAGAAGGCAAUUAGGCGAUAUAUCAUCAAAAUUUAAGGAUAAAAUGCAACAAUAUUCAAAUGAGAGCUCCACUUCCAUGAUUUUUACAGAGGACUUAAAAAAUAUGAUAUAUCUGACCAAUAAUGAUGAAGAUGUUCAGAUUGUGGCGCAAAUGAUGAAAAAGUUUAAUCAGCAGAAUAAGCAAUUACGUUUUGGAAAUUUUAUAUUUGGCCCUGUAGUUAUGAGAAUGUUUCAUGUAUUGAAUAAGCCUGAAGAAGCUAUAAGUUGCUUUAAAUCAGCAGAAUUGCAAGGUUUCUUUGAUCAGCUGAUGUCCUAUCAAAUAUUACUUGAUUUACUUUAUGAGAACCAGAAGUUCAAUGAAAUGCUGGAGAUUUUCAAGAGUAUACAAGAGAAACAGUUGCAAGGGAUAAAAUUUCCAAAAAAUUCUGUAGUCUUGGUUCUUGCUGCUUGUUAUAGAUUGAACACUCCUGAAAGUUAUGAUUAUGCAGCAAAAUUGUGGCAAGAAUUAAAUGAAGUGGGUCAUCAGUCAAUGCGUAGAGCAAUUACUUUCUUUGCAGGUUUAGCUUUAAAUCAAGGACAUCCAGAACAGGCCAUUGAGAUUAUUAGUUCUUGUAAUAAUCAAAACUAUACAACUAUUCGAAAUAUUAAAGUUUCAGCAUUGUGUGAUCUGGGACGCGUAGAAGACUGUAUUCCACUUAUUAAAAGUGUUUUAAAUACCGAUACACCUUCACAAAACACUGUUCAAACAUUUAACAAAGAUGUGAUUGAAAAAGUGAAGGCAGCAAUUGAGAAAAGUAAUAGUGAUGAAUUAAAAUCAGAAAUGAAUAGAAUAGAGAAAUUUUUACAAGAGGAGGGACAUAUUUCACAGUUGACUCUGGAUGAACAGUUGUGUUCAGAAAUAUCUACCCCUAGACUACAAAGGAACCAAGGUCAGCAAUUCAGGAAUCAAUUUGGUGGUUUUAGACAGUCAAGAGUACAAAGAUCUGUGGGAGGAUUGACUAGACCAGGAUUAUCUGAUAUUGCUUAAUUUUAAAAAUUUAUUUAUGUAAUGUUUAGUUAUUUUUAAUAAAUAGUUGUAAAAAAUA